AUGAACCAAGAUGUAAAGGUCGAAGACGUUCCCACCGAGCCUUACGACACCCCUUCAGCCACCACUCCUAAGACCAAAGGUAAUGCUGCAAGUAAGGAUCCGAAUGCUUCUAGCAAAAGACGCUGUGUAAGCACAGCCUGUAUAGCAUGUCGCAGACGGAAGAGCAAGUGUGACGGCAAUCUGCCAAAAUGUGCCGCCUGCGCCAGUGUCUAUCUUACAGAAUGCGAAUAUGCACCUCAUACCGAUCAUCGUCGCAAGGGCGUCUACAAGAAGGAAGCGGACAGCCUCAAGUCCAAAACGUCCACCCUGCAGACAUUGAUCCACGCAUUGCUAAACUACGAAGAAGAUGACGCAGUCGACUUGCUGAAGCAGAUGCGCACCGCAGACAAUCUUGAAGAGCUUGUACAAAUGGUCGACGCAAGGAACAAGGGAACCGAGCAGGACAUACCCGAUUCUCCAGUCUAUAGAGAUGAACCAGCUGAACUACCCAAGUUCGACGCCGAACUGUCGGGCAAGAUGGGUGAUCUGCUGUUAGAUGGCUCGGUAAAGUUCAUUGGCGGUACUUCCAACCUUGUCUGGCUGGAUGACAUGGAUAAUAAUGCCCCUUCGCCAGGACCUAGUGAAAGAAAUGUUGUUCACCCACGUGAAGAUGCACUUCUAAGCUGGACUGCUGUACACCAUGAUAAAGACCUGAUCUUGCAUUUUCUGAACAUGUAUUUCUGCUGGCAUUACCCUUAUUUCACCACACUAUCCAAAGAACUCUUCUACCGAGAUUUCCUAACAGGUACCUCAUCUCAGUAUUGUUCCGCUAUUCUGGUAAACGCCAUGUUGGCACUUGGUUGCCACUUCUCAUCGAAACCUGCAGCUCGAGCUGAUCCGGAGGACUCGGGGACAACUGGUGAUCAUUAUUUCGCCGAGGCAAAACGCUUGCUGUAUGAGAAUGAGGAGUUCGCCAACACUAAAUUAUGCACUGUUCAGGCUCUAGCGAUAAUGUCAGUCCGCGAAGCAGGAUGUGGUAGAGAAAGUAAAGGUUGGGUAUAUAGUGGCAUGAGCUUUCGAAUGGCCUCUGAUCUCGGCUUGAACGUGGAUGCACCAGCAAUGAACGACAAUUCAAAAUUGUCAGAUGAAGACAUUGACGCUCGGAGGAUCACGUUCUGGGGCUGUUUCCUCUUUGACAAAUGUUGGUCCAAUUACCUUGGUCGACAACCUCAGCUACAGCUCGCCCACACAAACACAAAAAAGUACGAAGUAUUUCCUUCCGAAGACUCCGAACUAUGGUCGCCAUAUACUGACGCUGGCAUCGUUCAAGCCAAUGCACAGCCUGCGAGGACAAGAGCUGUCGCGUUGCAGAUAUUGAAGUUGGCAGAAAUAUCUUCCGAUCUGCUGGUAUCUUUCUACCAACCUGGUCUUCUCGAAAAACCUUUGACGAAACAAGCUGAGCUGAAGAAGCUGACUGAUAUUCAUACUCGGCUCGAAGCCUGGAAACGUGAUUUACCUGUGGAAUUCGAGCCGAAGGAUGGCCAACUUCCGCCUGUUCUAUUGAUGCAUAUGUUCUUCCAACUAUUGUACAUACACUUGUAUCGACCCUUCUUACGCUUCACAAAGGCUACCUCUCCUUUACCUGUACACAUUUCUCCACGAAAGUUUUGUACUCAAGCAGCCAGUGCGAUCUCAAAACUUCUCAGACUUUAUAAGAGGACUCAUGGUCUGCGGCAGAUCAUUAACAAGGUCGUCUACAUAGCUCACUCGGCUUGCACGAUACAUCUUCUGAAUUUGCCAGACAAGAAUGCAAAGAGAGACAUAGUGCAUGGUCUCAAGCAGCUUGAGGAGAUGGGUGAAUGCUGGACAGCAGCACGUCGCACUCUGCGCAUACUACAUCUAUGUGCUGAACGUUGGCGUAUUGUUCUUCCAGAAGAGGCUCAGGCAAGUUUUGCUCGAGCACAAGUGCGCUGGGGGUCCGUCGAAUCGACUGCAGGACCGGUGUCACCAGACACUCUCGCAAACAUGACUCAGCAAAUUACAGCUCGCCCUGUGCCAGAUUUGAUGGCCCAAAAUAUCCAGCAACAGCAACCCCCACAGCUACCAACUACGGUAACUGCACAUCAUUUCACGACAGAACAGAUGGCAGGUUUAACUGCAUAUAUGGCACCCUCUCCAGCCGAAACAAUAGAUACACGACGCUCGUCUGGUAACUACUCACUGCCGCCUCAUUCUGCUGCUGAUCUGACCAGAAAUUCAGGACGUAUCAGACAAAGCACACAACUUACCAAAGAGCAACAAGAUGCAUGGAACGCUCUGCAAGCACGUAUGAGCGUGCCGUCACAACAGCAGGCAGCUAGACAGGCAGCUACAGGUGCAAACGCUAGCGCUCAAAGUUUAUUUGGUGGUGUUGAAAGCCUGAUCGGUGAAAGUCAAGAGUGGUGGUACAAUGAUCAGAAUCAAUUAGCCCAAGGAUUUGUUAACUGGACAGCUCCAGACCCAGACUGGGCUCAUAUGAAUGGCAUGGACGUUGGGAUGGUCGACAAUAUGAACAGCUUAUCAUCUUUGCCAAACGUUGCUGCAAACGGACUAUUUGCACAUCAAUCGAGCACUUUGAGCAAUGGGUACCAGGCUCUGAUCAACCAAGCAAGCCAGCAACGAGACGAAGACCAUGGUACUUUGAGCGAGGUCAAUGGUCACUAUCAGCAGCAGCGACAACAGCACAAUUUAUACCAGACGGCACAGUUGAAAAGGCAACUAAAUUGGGCGGAUGAGAACUUGUACUCUUGA